AUGGCGGUGACUGCGGCCCUCUCUGCUGCUGCGGCGGCGGCAGCCCUAUCUGGCCUGGCAGUGCGACUGUCGCGUUGGGCGGCGACACGCAGCUCCUAUGGUGCCUUCUGCAAGGGGCUCACACGCACGCUACUCACCUUCUUCGACCUGGCCUGGCGCCUGCGUGUGAACUUCCCCUACUUCUACAUGGUGGCCUCCGUGAUGCUCAACGUCCGCCUGCAGGUGCGGAUCGAGUGA